GCGGUUGUCGUCAUCGUUCCUGAAACCGUUGUCAUCGUUUAACCAUUUGGACAGCUCGCUAGCUAUCAUCUGCAAUCCAACUCACCGCUGAAUUCCUUGGUUGAAAUCGAGGUUGAAAUUGGAGCAACAUUUCUUAGUAAAAUAGCGGCUGCUUCUUAGGUGUGAAAAACGUGGCAAUCCGAAGAAAGAAGCGAGCAACAGUAGGAAGUGGUUAAUUCGAAUCAGUUGAAGAAGCUGCAUAAAAGAAAUUACUACAGAACAAAGUUAGGCUUAGUUUAAUUAUAUCUAGCACCAAUUAAUUGCAAACAUGUACCGUGUAAUUUUGGUACUAACAACAUUGCUAGCACUACUAUCAGAUGCCGUGUACGCCCUUAAAGAUGGAGACUGCGAAGUAUGCGUCAAGACAGUCGAACAUUUUGCCUCAACGCUGGAUGAAACGUCCAAAACCGACACAAAGAAAAUAGAGGACGAAUUCAAAAAGUUCUGCAAAACUGCAAAAAACAAAGAGCAAAGGUUUUGCUACUACCUCGGAGGUUCGGAAGAAUCUGCUACCGGAAUACUAAACGAACUCUCCAAACCACUGAGCUGGUCUAUGCCCGCUGCCAAGAUCUGCGAGAAGCUCAAAAAGAAGGACGCCCAAAUUUGCGACCUGCGAUUUGACAAAGAAAUCGAUAUCAACGCCGUAGAUCUGAAAAAACUGAAGGUGAAGGAUUUGAAGAAGAUUCUCUCCGACUGGAACGAGGACUGUGAGGGUUGCCUGGAGAAAACCGACUAUAUAAAGAGAAUUGAAACGUUGAAGCAUAAAUAUGUGAAGUCGGAGUUGUAAUAGUGAUCUUUCCGGUAAUUCUACUGGCUCAACCCAACGUGUCUAGAUUUUUUAUCAAAAAUACGCUAAGUUCUGAGUUAGUUCAUA